AAUGUCGCAAACAGAUCACCGUUGCUACUGUCAGCUGAUGUCAGUGUCAGAUAUUUGUAUAAUUGCGAUAAUUUUUGCGGAGUGAAACCAUCAAGAGGAGAACUGGUUAUUUGAUCCACGUUAAACGAGUUUAGUAGUUGGAAAUCAUCAGGUAUUGAGUGCCAGUGUUUGUGAACAGUUUUGUGGCGGGUUCAAUUAGUUGUGUUGUGUAAACAGCUGAAUAUGGAUUUUUCUACCUAUUGAUUCCCCUUUUCUGAGGUGCGAUUCAUGGACAGCUCACAGAGGAAGAACUUUUCUCAAAUUUAGAUCGGAAGAUGUCGAGUCCUAAACGAAUCAAACUGGCUGCUAACCGGCAGACUUCAAGAGGAAUGCAUCCGGUCCUACCUGGUGAGCUUAUGGAAGACACUCCUCUGGUGGAUGUGUUUGUAGGCAAAAUUAAAGACCCCAAAACUACCUCAAAAGUAGUUCUGAGUUUGAACUCUUGCCUGCCUGUUGCUGAACUGACUCACUUGAAGAGAGUCAGAUGCGGCGAAGUUUUGCUGUUUCCCGCCGAUAGUUUUGCUCUGGAUCAAGUGCAUGAGUUUCUCAAAGCCAAAGGCUUUGACGUCCAAUUAUUGAGUAAAGAAGUGCGGAUAGUCUCUGUGGCCAGAAUAGCGCCUAAAACCAAGAAGCAACACACCAAAGUGCAUGCGUUUUGGCCCUGUAAUUUCCACAGCGAUAAAUACAUAGAGAAAUUGUCUACCAACACUCUUUACACCAGCACUGAAAUCGCCCAGCAUGAAAACUACAUGAAAAUGGCCAUUUUGGUGGCCACUACUGCGGCCAAAUUGAGCUUAAGCCGCCAACUUCUGGGAGUUGUGAUAGUGGAUCCGAAAAUUCCCUCCGUAGUUGCUUUGGGGUUUUCUGAGGCUCACGAAAACCCUUGCAGACAUGCCCCGAUGGUAGCAAUAGACAAUGUGGCGAAAACCCAAAACGGCGGUGUUUCGACUUCGUAUGAACCACCGCAGGACAAAUCUGCUCUCAAUCUGAGCGGUUUUCAUCCACAGUUGCUUUCAGUGAUCAAGGCAACAUUUCCCAAUGAAAGCCUGGGAUCGUCAUGGUUCAAAGGGAAGAGUGCGCUUGAGGAACCGUCCGAUGGUCCCUAUUUGUGUACGAAUUAUUAUGCCUACUCUACACAUGAACCGUGUGUAAUGUGCGCGAUGGCCUUAGUUCAUAGUCGAGUGAAACGAGUGUUUUAUGGGGUGAAAAGCUCUAAUGGGGGGCUGGGAACUUUGUGUAAAGUUCACGCAGUUAAGGACUUGAACCAUCAUUAUGAAGUGUUUGCUGAAUUGUGUCUAGACGAAUGUAAGGCCUUGUAGUACAAGAGUGAACCGCUUGUAAAUCUGGUCGACUCAUUUGCCAGUGCACAGCAAUAAUAAGUUAAACAAAUUCUCCCAAAUCAUCCAAAUCUAUCCGACAAUACCUUCGUUAUCACGUGCGUGCGUAUUAAAUAAGGUCGUGUUAAGUCAUUCAGUCAAUAUUACGUUCUGGCUAAUUUAUUGUGUUAUUAUUUAGUGUUUUCACCAACUCCAAACGGUUUUUAGUUCGUCUUUUGAUGGACCAAAUGUAUUUAUCAUGUAUUACACCAUUGACAAAUU